AUGGCAUCGACAGGCAACAACGCCCAGGCAGGCUUUACGAACCAGCUCCUCUGCGCCAGCGAUCCCGGUACUCCUCAUGUCCCUCAGAGUUCGGCCAUGGAAGGGACCACGAGGAACAUGACCUUCGAUGGGUCCCCACCGUAUCGCUUGCUUGCCUCGGCGACGCGAGGUGGACGCGUUAUUUGUACCACCCAUAUGCAGAACCUCACGAGCAACACCUUCACCUGGGUCGUCAGCGUCACUACCAACCAGACAUCCCUCAAUCUGACAUCGGGAGAUCUCUCAACUGGGCCGAACCGGGGCAUGGACCCCGUGUUCCAGCUUGGCGAUGGAGUCCAAUUCAUCGCGCACGAGUGGGCCCGCCAGCUUGCCGGGAACGUCCGCUUCUACAAGUCUACCAACUACACGGUGGAGAACGAGCAGUCCAGGAAGGAACAGAGGGAGAAGCUCGAGAGUAGGGGUUUGAAGGUAGCUGGGACGGGUGUGGUGGGCUGGCUGGUUGGAGCGCUACUGCUGUCCAGCGUCGCGGCGAUGGGCUUGCAGGACUGCGCUUCUAGAAUUGUAUCACUAGUUGAACUUCUGUCAGCUGAAGAAAAAACGACCAUAUUGCUCCUUCCGUAUCUCGUAGCAAGCUAUGCCAGGACCGACCUUCGAUCACCGUCAUCAAGUUGGCUGCCUGAGAGGCUUUCCGAGCCAGAUUCUACAGCGCCAAGUGCUGAUCUCGUCAAGCUUAGCUAG